UAGUCUACCCAAAGGCUUUAAAAGAUAAAAAAAUAAGGCGCUUUAUCGAUGAUGAGCCCCAUACAUCGUUCUGGAGGAGAUUGGAUCGAGUUGGUAGCGUGCUGGAGAAUUUAAAUCAUCUUUUAGAAAAGGAGUCUUUAUCAAUCACGUCUGAAGGGGUUCAUUCUGUCUUCGAUCAAGUCGAUGUUCUAAUGGAUGAUGGAAGUAAAGAAGAGAUACCUGGAGAACUGCUCCAUGGACUGGAUGAGAUCGGCACAAGAUUUGAGUUGGAGAGGAACCACACGGACGUCCUGGUGCGCAACAACAUAGCGGUGCUUGUGGCUGACUCCACUCCAGACCUUCGCCUUAGGGGUAUGAGGAUCGUGGCCACCGCACAUGAUGCCUUCACCCAGGAUGCAUUUGAGUUCAUUACUGAGGAAAAUGAAGACUUUCUGGAUAAAGUAUCUGACAAGAACGAAGCCAUAGUCCUCUUGCCUCACUCCGCGACGGCUGUCGAACGGCGAAUCAGCUUGGUGGCAUUUCGGACCAACAGAUCAUUUACCAACGACCACAGCUGCCAGCUGAACAGCAAGGUUCUCAGCGUCAAUGUUAAUAACUUCACCGAGUUCGAGAAUGACGAGGUCAUAGAAAUAUAUUUGAAUCCUUGGAAAAGGAAACAUCGCCGUAACCAGACUCGAGCUUGUGCUUACUGGCAUUUCAAUGAAAACGGCACCGGCUUUUGGUCUCAGGAGGGGUGUACACUCACAAAAGCCCGCCAAGAAGACGCUCUGGAUCUAUGUCAAUGCGACCACCUUACACACUUCGCUGAGAUUUUAAUCAACAAAAACGUGUUCGAAGAGUUAGACGAAAACCUACUGGAGAUCAUCUCAAUAAUCGGCUGCAGCUUUUCGAUAUUCGGGAUAUUUAUAAUUGCGCUCACCGCUGCGUUUUUCAAGUCAUGGCGAGAAAACGAAAGCAACAAGAUCUGGUUACACCUGUGCUCGGCCGUUUUCAUUUUAGACGUAUGUUUUCUUCUAGCGGUCUUCGUUGAUUUUGACGACCACAUUGUAGGUUGCGUGGUCGUCGGCGCCUCGCUACAUUACUCGGUGCUGGCAACCUUUUGUUGGAUGCUGGUCGUCUCUAUAUUGUCGUACAGAAAGUUAGUCUUAGUUUUCAACACAGAUCUCCCUUGCAAAUUAUUAUUGACGGCAUUAUUUGCGUGGGGUUUUCCGCUUUUGGUGAUAGGGAUCCUCUUUUCAGUAGAUCCAAACGCUUAUUCAGCAAGAUUUGAAGAGAUGACUCCGAAUGGGAAGUUUUGUUAUCCGAAAGGGAUAGCCUUUUGGGCAGCCGUGUUCACACCGAUGGCGGCGAUGUGGUUCGUAAAUUGGAUUUUGUACGCGAUAAUACUGCGGUCUAUGUUUGAAACGAAGAAGAAUAUCAGGAGACAUUCCUCCUCGAAGGAAACGCUUAGAUGUGCCUCUGUCAGUUGUUUGCUGGCAUUCCUUUGCGGUAUUCCGUGGGUCUUUGGAUUUUUCGCUUACAACAUAGUAGCGGCAUAUCUGUUUACAAUAACUGUCUCCUUUCAGGGGUUCGUUUUAUUUUUGUUUUUUAUAGUGGGAAAUAAAAAUACGAGAGGUCUCUGGGUGGGUCUGUUUAGAAAGCCGUCAAGAAGAUCAGUAUUUACCGCUUCUACCGAUAGAUCGAAUAAAGAUGCGUGUAGGCCUAGAUUCCUAAUCGCCCGUAGUACUUCUUCCUCUACCCCAGAUCAGGCAUCUGGUUCACUACUCUCGGAGAGUAGGCUAUGAAUGUGUGUUCCAAAAACACGAUUUAUAAUAAUAAUUCUCAAUACUAAAAGUAGGACUUUAGUGCAUAAUAAGUGAUGUAACAAAUAAGAUGUAAGUUUUUGUUUAUUUCGUGUUUUCUUUUUAAAUAUCCUACUAAGAUUAAUUUAUUUUUUUAUUUAAAUCA